AAUGAUAAUAAUAAUGAUGAUGAUGAUGAUGAUGAUGAUGAUGAUGAUAAUAAUAAUCAAUCCACAAGAGACAUUUAACAAGUCAGCAACAAUAAACUAAGAGUACAGACUCAGAAAUAAGCACAGCGCCAAUAAUGGAGAAUUAAUAAUGAUAGACAUUAAAUAAAGGCCAGCAUAUACAUAUAUCAUCAUUAGAGAGGUAACAACUCUCUGUGGUCCUAUUUUCUGGCCUACAUCAUUGAAACCUCUGAGCUUUAUAGAGGCAGUAUUAAAGGGGGAAAAAUAUAUAAAUUAAGAACCUAAAUAUAGGAAUAUGAUAAUAAAACUGAAGUUGGAUAGAAAGGACAAAAUAUCUAGUUUGUAUUCUGAUUUGUACUCAUUUAAUAUUGCAACCAACAGCAGAAUAAUAUAUAUAAUGAUAUAAGAUGUAUGAUGUGGAUUACAGAGAAAAUGGGCGUUUUUGAAGAAAGACCAAAUAUGUCUGUUAGUGGUGAUGAUGGUUCUUCUCAUUGCUCUCCACGCUUCGCGUGGUGAGCUCAUAAUUGGCACAAUGCAACAGCCAAUGAGACGAGAGAAUUUUUGGUUUCCUAGCAACUGCGUCUGAACCGUGAAGGGAGGCGGACUGCAUCUUUCUGCGAAGUUGCAUAAUGGUUGAAUAAAGGUUGCAAUGAUGAUACCGGAAAUUGGGUGUUUUCCUUCAGAAUAAAGUCGUAGAAAAAGUCCUGAAGAUAAUCUUUAAGGCCAGUUAAUCCACAACGCCAUAAAAACAUGAAUAUCUGAAUAAAUGCUAAAUUCACUUAUAUCAGGAUUUGUAUUUGGUGGAAACAUUGCGUUUUUUAUUCUUUAUUAUCGUCGUGUUGGUAAAGCAAGAUUUUUAUUUUGGAGACAGGAAAUGGAUAUUGUAAUUGUGGCUAUCUUGGCAGGUAUCGCUUAGUAGGCAGGUCCCUUCAUCAGAGACACGAUGACAGAAAUGUGCGCGGCGGUGCGAUUAUCGUUGCUCGGCCUCCUGCUGUGCCUGCAGCUCAGCAGGGCUUCAGCCCGCAGCCCCCGCACGGCAGACCAGGUGUCUGAGGCCGACAUCCAGAGGCUCCUGCACGGUGUCAUGGAGCAGCUGGGCAUCGCUCGGCCCAGGGUGGAGUACCCCGCACACCAGGCCACAAACAUUGUCGGGCCUCAGAGCAUACAGGGUGGUGCUCAUGAGGGGCUGCAGCACCUCGGUCCUUAUGGAAACAUCCCAAACAUUGUGGCUGAGCUGACUGGUGAUAAUGUUCCCAAAGACUUCAGUGAUGACCACGGCUACCCAGACCCUCCAAACCCCUGUCCACAAGGAAAAACAGCAGCAGACCGGUGUUUGGAAAACGCUCCGGACACAGCCGAGUUCAGCAGAGAGUUCCAAAAACACCAGCACCUGUUUGACCCGGAGCAUGAUUACCCUGCGCUGGCGAAGUGGAACAAGGAGCUUUUGUACCAAAAACUGAAGGGAGGACCAAAAAGGAGAAAAAGGAGCAUCAACCCGUACUUAAUGGGCCAGAAGCUGGACAAUGUGGUUGCCAAGAAAUCUGUCCCUCACUUCUCUGAGGAAGAGGAGGAAGAGGCACCAACCAUCUCUGCUGCCACCAAAUCCACAACCUAAACUCCUGCACCUGAAACUGCUCACUGUAAUAUUAAAGUACACUGGAAAAAGUUUUUAA